UUGUGGCGAUGCUGUGGCCGCGGCUGGCGGCGGCUGAGUGGGCGGCGCUGGCCUGGGAGUUGCUGGGCGCCUCGGUGCUGCUGAUCGCGGUGCGCUGGCUGGUGCGGCGGUUGGACAGGCGGCCGCGGGGCCUGGGUCAGAGCGGUCCACCCGACCCGUCGCCCCGCGCGGCUGCGGGCCCAGCCCCCGAUACAGGUGAAAUGACAAUGGAUACCAUCUUGGCACGAUUGAAGCUCCUGAAUCCAGAUGAGCUUAGAGAAGAGAUUGUCAAAGCUGGAUUGAAAUGUGGACCCAUUACAUCAACAACAAGGUUCAUUUUUGAGAAAAAACUGGCUCAGGCUUUGUUAGAGCAUGGUACACUGCCUUCACACCUGCCCAACCCUGGUGGCGCAGAUGCCCCAUCCCUGGGCCAGGACACACAAAGGAUUGUGAAGUCUGAAGUAGGGAGCCCAGCUGAGCAGCUCAGCUUUUCUGAAGACAGAGACUUUGGUUAUAGUGUGGGCUUGAAUCCUCCGGAGGAAGACGCCGUGACAUCUAAGACCUGUUCAGUGCUCUUCAGUGCCUCAGGCGGCGUCAACAGCCAGAAAGCCAUGCUGAGGGCCUCUGCAGAGGUGCCCCUCUACUAUGGGGUGUGCCCGGCCUUCGAGGACACCCCAGCAAGAAAUGAGAGGAUUCACGUUUAUGAAGAUAGAAAGGAAGCCUUACAAGCUGUCAAGAUGAACAAAGGAUCCCGAUUUAAAGCUUUUACAAACAGAGAAGAUGCUGAGAAAUUUGCCAGAGGAAGCUGUGAUUAUUUCCCUUCUCCAAGCAAAACCUCUUUACCACUUUCUCCUGUGAAAACAGCACCACUCUUCAGCAAUGACGGGUUGUACUUGUCUGAGUCAGAAACAGCAAGCAAAGAGCGAGCAAACAGCUAUAAAAAUCCGCGCACACAGGACCUCACUGCCAAACUUCGGAAAGCUGUGGAGAAGGGAGAUGAAGACACCUUUUCUGACCUCAUCUGGAGUAAUCCCCGGUAUCUGAUUGGUUCGGGGGACAACCCAACCAUCGUACAGGAAGGGUGUCGAUACAAUGUCAUGCAUGUGGCUGCCAAAGAGAACCAGGCUGCUGUGUGCCAGCUUACCCUGGAGACGCUGGAGAACCCUGAGUUCAUGCGGCUCAUGUACCCAGAUGACGAGCCGCACAUGCUGGAGAAGCGCAUUUGCUACGUGGUGGACCUGUACCUCAACACACCGGACCGAGUGGGCUACGACACACCAUUGCAUUUUGCUUGUAAGUUUGGAAAUGUAGAUGUGGUCAAUGUGCUUUCUUCACACCCUUUGAUUGUAAAAAACCCGAGGAAUAAAUAUGAUAAAACACCUGAAGAUGUUAUUUGUGAAAGAAGCAAAAACAAAUCUGUGGAACUGAAGGAGCGGAUUCGAGACUACUUAAAGGGUCACUACUAUGUGCCCCUCCUGAGGGCAGAGGACAUGUCUUCUCCUGUGAUCGGGGAGCUGUGGUCUUCCGACCAGACAGGCGAGGUCUCUCACGUUGGCCACACUCGAGGCUUCUCCAAAGACCCUGUUCUAACCCUUCGCGCCUUCGCAGGGCCCCUGAGUCCAUCCAAGGCAGAAGAUUUUCGCCGACUCUGGAAAACCCCGCCUCGAGAGAAAGCGGGCUUCUUCCACAGUGUCAGGAAAUCUGAUCCAGAAAGAGGCAUUGAGAGAGUGGGAAGGGAGCUGGCUCAUGAACUGGGGUAUCCCUGGGUCGAAUACUGGGACUUUCUGGGCUGUUUUGUUGAUCUGUCUUCCCAGGCAGGCCUGCAAAAGUUAGAAGAAUACCUUACUCAGCAGGAGGUAGGCAAAAAGCACCUACAAGACAUGGGAGAAAAUGCAGUGUGUCUCCAGGAGGACACCUCAGCCCUAGGCCGUCAGAGGAAGUGCAGCAAUUCCAUCUCUGUGAGGGCGUUUCUAGAUGAAGAUGAUGACAUGAGCUUGGAAGAGAUAAAAAACCGGCAAAACACAGCUCGAAACAACACCCCACCCAGGGCAGCUGCUUUUGGAGACUUGGGGUGUGACAUCCUCCCCUUGGAGCAGACAGAACUUAUCGAAGCCUCAGCCCCGACCAGCCCCCACAGCAGCAGAAAUGGGUUUUGCAGCCCUCUGAGGGAUGGCAAGACCCUGAGUGGGAAGAGGCCCAAGGCCCAGAGUGGGGAGGAAGACCUCCUGUCACCCGUCUCUGGCUUGACUGUUGAGUUUGAUAAAUUGAAUUUGCAGAAUCUAGAAAGUAGCUUUUCUAAGACACCAAAUCAGAGAGUGAAAACUAGAGAUAAGAAGAUCCUGACGUCAAGAGUGAAUGCAGGAGGAAGUGACGUGUUAGAAUCUCUUGGUGCUGAUAGACUUGCAAAUAACCAGGGAAGGACAGAAAAUGAGAUGUCUGCUGGAAUUGCUAACAUGUGCCUGAAUCCGGACAGUUCCGUGCAUGAGCCCCGCUAUGGCAAUGGCUCGGAGCCCUCGGAGGUUCUUGCCUCAAAGGAGCCUGUCCAGAGGCUCUUCCUUUUUGGAGAAGAGCCGUCAAAACUGGAUCGGGAUGUUCUGGCAGCCCUGGAGUGCACGGAUGUGGACCCUCGCCAGUACCCAGCCAUACACAGGUGGAGGAGCACUGUCCUUUGCUACUCGCCUUCGGACAGACAGAGCUGGUCCAGCCCCUCACUGAAAGGGAAGUUGAAGUCUCAGCUCCUGGACGUCAGUGGCCCUCCUAGCGGCAGCCCGGGGAGAAACAGCCCUGCAGGUGGCAGCCCUGGGAAGCCUGGCUCCACACCUCACGCCUCCGGCCUGGGCAGCCCCGGGCGCGGCAGCCCCGGGCGCUACAGCCCCGCCAAUGGGGGCCACCUCCGCCGGAUGGCGCGCCUGGCCCAGCUUGCCACCUUGUAGGGCGCAUGCACACUGCUGGGGUUCUUGGUUUGUUCUUCGUUGUUUUGUUUGUUUUUUAAGAAAAGUACUGUGUUUGUUGCUGAAAUUUCACAUGCCAAAACAAUAUUCUGAUUAAUUUAUCAGUCCUUAUUUAGAGAGUAAAAUAAUUUUAGAAAUUGCAAAUAUUCUGUAUAAAAUUUAGCUUUCUGUUAUUUGGAGAGAAGGUGAAAACAAACUCCUGCAGAUUUUCUGAAAACCCUCAGUGUGGUUACAAACAGGCUCUGUUAGCUGCCCCAGGUGCACAUGUAACAGAAGAGGGCGCCAGAGAGGCCUGGGUGCCCCCUCCUCCCUUGACAGUGCUGCGCUCCCUUCUGCUCUUUUCUUGAAACGGGUGAAGUUUGUGCCUCUGCCUUUUCUGGGGAGGGUCUUUGACUUUCUAGUUCAUGACAGAAAAUCCUCUCUGCUUUGCCGGUCAACCAUUGAGUAGACACUGACGAGGUGGGCAUCCAGGAGUAAAGGAGCCUUGCACGUGUCGGGACAGUUGCAACGACACUUAUAGCUGGGAGUCACUGAAGACAUUUCAGUGAGUGACCAGAAGAUGAAACUAGCUUUUUUCUAGAUGAAAAAUGGUAGUCGCUGGGAGUCAUGUGAAUAGUCUCACACAGGACUCACUCACCAGCGGUCGUUGGAGGGUGUUUCCUUUCUCACCAGCACUUGGCCUUUCACAGUGCACCUUAUGUAGCUGCCAGUGCAGUAACCUGAAUGUUGUUCCCUGGUUUUGAGGUGCACUGCAUAUUUUAGAAUGCAUUUCAGUUGGACUUGCUUUAUGAAAGUGCAUCACGUUUUAGUAGAGACAAAAGGUUUGCUUUGGAGGAAAUAUCUGAUCCCAGUUCUGUCCUUUCAGUGUGGUUUGUCUUCCCUCCCCCUGGGCCAUACCUGCUGGAGGAUUUGCACACACAGAGCUCUGCAUCCCGGAGGGCUAGGACAUAGCAGCCGAGCUGAGAGCUGUUUCUCCCGUGUUACCGGUGACCACUAACAGCAGGGUUCUGGGGGCAUUGUCAGUGUUUGAUCAAAAGUGAAAACUACCAAUGCGUCUGCUGUCCAGUGCCUUUUGUAAAUCAUUUUUGAUUCUUCUGAACGUACUCUUUGAGACUGUACAGUGAUAGGAGGUAGACAUAAGUGAGAGUCUUUUUUAUUUGUAAAGAUUCUGAAUUGAAACAUGUUAAAAAAAAAGCUUAUUUCUUUCACACAAUAAGAGAUAGGUCAGGAAUAUCGGACCUGAGAUAAAGGUUUUAAAAUUCAAAAGGUUGUUACACAGGGUGUUCUCACUUGUGUAGUAGACAACCUAGACAUAAGAGAAAAAUACGUUCUGUCCUACAAACCAAAUGGCGUGUUUAAAAGACAUCUCUAGUCUCAAAGAAACCAGAACACAGAUGUAGUCAUAGUGAUGAUCUAUUUUCUCUAAAAUUUGACCAUGCCAUCUUGUAUAGUUAUAAGUAUUCAGAUGGAAAUUAAAGUAGGGAUGUGCCCUAACUUUGCAGACUGCUGUUCCUGUUUUCUCAAGUUUAGACCUUUAUUUCUCCAUUUGUUUAUAUAAGUUGGCCCUGGUUCCACUAAAUGCAUUAUCAUGUGUCCCGUGGUGAUUUUACAUCUUUUUAAAACUACUUAAUGGAAUAAAUUAUUUUUA